AUGGCCACGGCGAAUGGAUACGGCGAGCCUUACGAAAGGGUUUCUGAUUCCGGCAUGCAGAAUAUAAUGAAGGCACAGUAUGCCGCCAACAUUCUGUUCAUCGCGAGCAUGUGUUUUUCGAAAUUAGCUCUGAUUCGCUUCGUCCGCGACCUGACGCCUGCUUCCUUCGACCGACGUUUUGCCGUCAGUUUACAAGGCUUGACCUCUGUGUGGGCUCUGGUGGGCAUCAUCACGGCCGCCUUCCAGUGUAAGCCGCCUCGAACCUGGGACUACUUGGAGGGGCAAUGUUUUCGAUUGGAUGUAUGGUGGGAUUAUCUUGGGGUGUCGAAUAUCCUGACUGAGAUGGCGAUCGUCGUGCAAGCCGUCCUAGUGAUAGCUCGCGUUCAGACCAACGUGAAGAAGAAAGUGACGCUGGCCAGCGUGUUCGCACUGCGCAUCUUGUUCGUGGAUCCAGAAUUACCCAUAUUCGAAGAGCACCCUGCUAACGCCCCCAGUGUGAUUGUCGCCAUCUUGUGCCAAAUCGUUUACGCACGACAGACGGCGCAUUCUACCAAUAUUACCUCGGACACGUGGCCGGUGGCCAUCUCCACGCAGCUGGCACAGUGCUUCAGCAUCGUCACGGCCUGCUCGCCCCAAUUCAAACCGUUCAUGGAAAGUUUGCGAUCGACGGGCAUGCGCAUCGACGGCAUGACGCGAUACGGCACCUCACAGAAGGGCUAUGGAUCGCAAUCGGCUUCGCGCGCUUCAACGCUCGGCAGUCGCAGUCGGCAUCGGAGCGAGGUGCACGAGCUAGUUUCCCUGCCUGCGAAGGACAGCCAUCAUCAAGCGACGGUGACGACCGCGGGAGCCGGAUAUGACUGGGAUGCCGAGAGCCAGACGAGUCAGUCGCGUAUCAUUCGAGAGGUUCGCACGUUCACGGUGACCGAUGCGCCGCGUAGUUCAGGGGGCGAAUCGCAAUAG